AUGGAUCCCGGGCCCAGCUGGCGGGCGCUGCCGUCGGGGCCGAGCCUGCGGCACCUGACGCGUCCGGACGGCGGGGCCCCGCGUGCGCGCCAGGCGGCCGCCCUGCAGGAGCUCAGCCGGGCCCACGUGCGCUCCUUCGACCACGCGGUGCGCGAAGGGCUGAGCCAGGCCGUGCAGGCCAUCCUUCCCUUCGAGUUUGCUUUCAGAGACGAGCGCAUUACUCUGGCCAUCGUGGAUGCCGUUAUUAGCCCUCCGAUGGUCCCCAAAGGUUCGAUCUGCAAGGAACUGAAAGUCUUCCCCGCGGAAUGUCGGGGGCGAAGAAGUACCUACCGGGGAAAGCUGACGGCCGAUAUCAGCUGGGCAGUGAACGGCAUCCCGAAAGGGAUUAUUAAACAGUCCCUCGGCUAUGUUCCCAUAAUGGUGAAGUCUAAGCUUUGCAACUUAUAUGACCUUCCGCCAAAAGCUCUCAUUGAACACCACGAGGAGCCAGAGGAAAUGGGAGGCUAUUUCAUAGUCAAUGGCAUUGAGAAAAUCAUCAGGAUGCUGAUUAUGCCUCGGAGAAAUUUUCCCAUUGCAUUGAUACGACCAAAAUGGAAAAGUCGAGGCCCGGGCUACACACAUUUUGGUGUGUCGAUGCACUGUGUUAGGGAUGAACACACCGCUAUCAAUAUGAACCUUCAUUAUCUGGAAAAUGGCACCGUGAUGGUCAACUUUAUUUAUCAGAAGGAGCUGUUUUUUCUCCCUCUCGGGUUUGCCCUUAAGGCCUUGGUUGGUUUCUCCGAUCACCAGAUCUUCCAGGAGCUGAUCAAAGGAAGGGAGGACAACUCUUUUUAUAAGAACUGUGUGUCUCAGAUGUUGAGGAUGGUGAUGGAAGAGGGUUGCACCACCCAAAAACAGGUCCUGAACUACCUGGGGGAACGUUUCAGAAUAAAACUCAACCUUCCCGAGUGGUACCGAAACGAACAAGCCGCAGAGUUUCUGCUGAAUCAGUGUAUCUGCAUUCAUCUGAAGUCGAAUACAGAAAAGUUCUACAUGCUUUGUCUCAUGACGCGGAAGUUGUUUGCCUUCGCCAAAGGAGAGUGCAUGGAGGAGAGUUCGGAUAGCUUGAUGAACCAAGAAGUCCUCACUCCGGGGCAGCUCUUUCUGAUGUUUUUAAAGGAAAAAUUGGAGGCUUGGCUCGUGUCUGUUAAAAUAGCGUUCGACAAGAGGGCUCAAAAGACCAACAUCUCACUUAACUCCGAAAAUCUAAUGAAGGUGUUCAGUAUGGGAUUAGACCUCACGAGACCUUUCGAAUACCUUCUUGCCACUGGGAGCCUACGAUCUAAAACAGGUCUGGGGAUGCUGCAGGACGUUGGCCUGUGCGUAGUGGCGGACAAGCUGAAUUUCAUCCGCUACCUCUCCCACUUCCGCUGCGUGCACCGAGGGGCCGCCUUCGCCAAGAUGCGGACCACCUCGGUGCGCAGGCUGCUGCCGGAGUCGUGGGGCUUCCUCUGCCCCGUCCACACCCCGGACGGCGAGCCCUGCGGCCUGAUGAACCACAUGACCGCCGUCUGUGAGAUCGUCACCCAAGUCGCCUACACGCCCACCCUCCCGGCACUGCUCUGCUCUUUGGGCAUCACUCCAGUGGAUGGAGCGCCUAGUCAGCCUUACCGUGACUGUUACCCCGUGGUGCUGGAUGGAGUGGUGAUGGGCUGGGUGGAGAAGGAUCUGGCUCCUGGCAUUGCAGAUUCGCUCCGGAAUUUUAAGGUCUUGGGUGAAAAAAAAAUUCCCCCUUGGAUGGAAGUGGUUCUCAUCCCAAUGACGGGAAAACCGAGUCUGUAUCCGGGGCUGUUCCUGUUUACUACUCCUUGUAGGAUGAUUCGGCCGGUGAGAAACUUGGAUUUGGGCAAGGAAGAAUUUAUCGGCACUUUGGAACAGACUUUUAUGAACAUCGCCAUCUUUGAAGACGAGAUCGUUCCAGGGAUAACCACACACCAGGAGCUCUUUCCUCAUAGCAUGCUGAGCGUGGUGGCCAAUUUCAUUCCUUUUUCUGAUCACAACCAGAGUCCUCGAAAUAUGUACCAGUGCCAGAUGGGCAAGCAGACGAUGGGGUUUCCACUUAAUACCUACCGGGAGAGAUCAGAUAAUAAGCUUUAUCGCCUCCACUCCCCACAGAGCCCUUUGGUUCGACCUUACAUGUACGAUUAUUACGAAAUGGAUAACUAUCCAAUUGGCACAAAUGCCGUCGUUGCUGUCAUCUCUUACACUGGCUAUGAUAUGGAGGACGCCAUGAUCGUGAAUAAGUCUUCCUGGGAAAGAGGCUUUGCCCACGGAACCGUCUACAAAACGGAGCGCGUCGAUCUUUCCGAUAAAAUCAAGCAAGGAGACGACUGCCUGGUGUUCGGAGUCAAGCCUGGGGAUUCCCGGGUCGCGCACAAACUAGACGAUGACGGAUUACCGUACAUCGGAGCCGUUCUACAGUACGGGGACCCCUUCUACAGCUACGUGAACCUCAACACGGGGGAAUCCUUCGUGACGUACUACAAGAGUAAAGAGGACUGUGUGGUCGAUAACAUCAAGGUGUGCGGCAACGACACCGGAAACGGGAAAUUUAAAUGCAUUUGCAUCACCAUGCGAAUUCCCCGCAACCCGACCAUCGGAGACAAGUUUGCCAGCCGCCACGGCCAGAAAGGCAUCCUGAGCCGGCUGUGGCCGGCGGAGGACAUGCCGUUCACGGAGAGCGGGAUGAUGCCGGACAUCCUCUUCAACCCUCACGGCUUCCCGUCGCGAAUGACCAUCGGGAUGCUGAUCGAGAGCAUGGCCGGGAAGUCGGCAGCCCUGCACGGGGUCUGCCACGACGCCACCCCCUUCACUUUCUCCGAGGAGAACUCGGCCCUGGACUACUUCGGCAACAUGUUGAAGUCGGCGGGCUACAACUUCUACGGGACGGAGAAGCUGUACAGCGGGAUCAGCGGGCUGGAGCUGGAAGCGGACAUCUUCAUCGGCGUCGUGUACUACCAGCGCCUCCGCCAUAUGGUCUCCGACAAGUUCCAGGUACGAACCACGGGGGCCAGGGACAAAGUCACCAACCAGCCCGUCGGCGGGAGGAACGUCCAGGGCGGGAUCCGUUUCGGAGAAAUGGAACGGGACGCCCUCUUAGCUCACGGCACGUCCUUCCUGCUGCACGACCGUCUCUUCAACUGUUCCGACCGCUCCGUGGCCCACGUCUGCGUCAAGUGCGGGAGCUUGCUCUCCCCGCUGCUGGAGAAACCGCCCCCUUCGUGGUCCGCCAUGCGCAACAGGAAGUACAAUUGUACCGUCUGCCGUCAGAGCGACACCAUCGAGACCGUCUCCGUGCCUUACGUUUUCCGGUAUUUUGUGGCCGAGCUGGCGGCCAUGAACAUUAAAGUGACGCUCGACAUCGUUUAGUCGCACUUCAGGUUGGGGACGAGCGGCGCGCGUUUGGCUCCUUCGGCGGUUCCCCCCGAGGGUCGGGAAUUACCCGCGUGUCGGACUGAACGGUCUACAGGAUUACGGUCGUUUGCCCUUUUGGUAAACCUGAAGGAACUUCUUCCCGUAAAGGACUUGCAGUCUUUUUUAUAUGGCAGAGUUCAGAACGAAGUGGUCGACGCUGGCCGAAAGACAAUACUGUAGGAAAAUGAAAGGAAACGGCUUUUAAAGGGAAAUCCCAGAGCUGGAAGCCAUAAAUACUUUAAAGUCGC